GUAAACUCAGCCCAGAAGGACUUUGAACAAAAGCAUGAGGCCGCAAUUGGCAUCAUUGAUCGGCUCAUUGCCACCGUCCAGUGUUCGCUCCAGAUUGCACCAAGUGUGGACCAAUUGGCCAAUUCAAAGUCCAAGUCAAUGGUUCAGGAAAAAGAAGAGGCUCGCGAGAAGGCACGUCUCUUGCGCAUCGCAAAGCGAGACGAAGACAUGCUUGGUGAUUGCAUUCGGAUGAUGGAUUACAUGUUCCAGGCAGCCCUGGUGCAGACGGUCAUUGAGGCGGUCAAACAGUUCUGGAGCCGCUUGGACCAGAAGAACGUGUCCAAACUCUUCGUCAUCUCCGUGGACAUGUCCGACCAGGCGAUUACGCUGGACCCAGGGAUCUAUGACUUCUUGGACAUGCUGCACUCGAUCUCGGAUGGAUGGUUCCAGACGUUGAACAAUCUGCAGUCGAUGACCUGCGUCCGCCAGUACGACCAGUUCUGCCGGGUUCAGCAUCACCAAACGGUGAAGGACAUCAUGAUGAAAGACAGAACGUACUUAGGAUAUCAGGCCAACAUUCAGGACUUCAUCACUGAAGCGGUUGAAGAGGCUCAGGCCAACUCCAACAACACGUAUGAGCGCUUCCGCAAAAUCUAUGAGUAUGGCAAAGUUUGGGAUGAGGAUGCGUUCAAUGAGAAGGAGCACAACUACGACGAGCUAUCGGUGCAGAUGGACAAAAUGAAAUGGUUCCAGGAAGAACUGGACACAUUCCGAGUGAGUGUGAUAUGGGGCAUCAUUCUGAUCAAUGGCAAGGGUCUGAAGGACAAGCUCUCACCGAUUCCAGAGGCGUCAUUGACCUGCAUGAAGAACUGCCUCCUUGGCUUGGCGCGCAUCAAGUGCAAGGAGUGUUACAGCCGCUACGAGCAGGCCAAUCGGCAGUUGGAAUUGCGGGAGAAGGACCUGAGCAAGUUUGCCAAUUAUGUGAAGACGUAUCAGUCCAUCCAGGACGAUCAGGAGGAAAUGGAGGAUCUGAUGUUCGAGGUCGAGCAGAUGUACUCUCUUCUCAGGGACUUCAAGGUGCGAAUGCCUGGUGAUGACGAGUUUUUCUAUGAAGGCCUGAAAGACAAGGAGAGCGACUUCAGCAACAAGAAGAUGCUCGAAGCCAAUCAGUUCAUCUCGGAGAUGAAAGAGGAAAUGGCCCAAGAGACGUACCAAAGGGCUCAGAAGGUGGAGGAAGAGAUGAAAGUUGUGUCAGAGGAGCUCUUCACAGGCAGCUUUAUUGACCCUGACAAGAUUGUGGUGGCCCACGAGGUCCUGGAGGAGCUAGACAAGGUCUUGGAGACAAAAGUCAAAGUCUUGGAGGAGCGAGCACAAACCUUCACGGAGUACGAGGGCCUCCUUGGUGCUUCCCCUCAAGUCCUGGCAGAUGAGGAGAGCGGUGGCCACUUCCAGUUUGCGGAGGUUGCCAGAACAAGGAAGAUCUUUGACGACAAGCUCAAGCUUUGGGAGGUCACAGCGCAGUGGCAGGAGAUGUCUCACAACUGGAACGUGUCAGAGUUUGUCAAGGUGGAUGUGGAGGCUAUGAACAAGCAGGUCAUGGCCUCCUACAAGACUGCCAAUGGCUUGACACGAUCGCUGGAUGGUGAUGAGGUGGCUGUGCGGGUAAAGGGCAUGAUCGACGAAUGGCGCGAGCGCAUGCCGUGCAUCCUGGAUCUGGGAAAUCCUGCUCUUCGCCCUCGGCACUGGGAGAAGUUGUUCAAAAAGAUCAACCUGGCUUACAAGGGUCCGACUUCUGCCAGCAGCAUCAGCCUCACACAGCUGGAGGGCAAUGGCAUUUUCGAGCACCGCGAGUACGUCUCUGAAGUCUCUGCAAAUGCGAGCGGCGAGUUUGCACUGGAACAAUCCUUGGAGCAGGUCAUCGCUGCUUGGGCAGACUUGGAGUUGCCAAUUAUGAAUCAUCGAAACCAGAAGGAUCUCUGGAUUCUUGGCGACUUGGCAGAUGUCAUCACAUUGUGUGAGGACCAUAGCGUGACCAUUGCAACAAUGAUGGGAAGCCGAUUCAUUCAUGGAAUUAGAGAGAAGGUCGAGUUGUGGGAGAAGAGGAUCAACCAGGCGGCAGACGUGAUAGAUGAGUGGUACACCGUACAACGCGCGUGGAUGUACUUGGAGAACAUCUUCUCUGCAGAGGAUAUCCAACGUCAGCUCCCCCAAGAAGCUGCCAAGUUCAAGCAGGUGGACAAAUACUGGAAGGAUUUGUUCCGGAAGGUUCGCCAGAAGGAGAAGCUGUGCAUGGAUGCAUUCCACAUUCCAGGGGUCCUGGAGCGCUUGAAGUGGGCAAACGAUACCCUGGAUCACGUGCAGAAGCAGCUGGAAGCUUACCUGGAGACAAAGCGAGCUGCAUUCCCCAGGUUUUAUUUUCUUUCCAAUGACGAGCUGCUCAGCAUCUUGUCUCAAACGCGCAAUCCUCAUGCAGUGCAGGAGCACAUGUGCAAGUGCUUUGACUCCAUCAAUCGUGUGGUGUUCUCUGAGACUUCUCCUGGCGAAAUCCUCGGCAUGUCCGACAUGAUCAAGGAGUACGUGCCUUUCGUGCAGCCUGUUGCAACUGGCCCGAUUGUUGAGAAGUGGCUCAGCGACAUCGAGGUGGCUAUGGUCAAUGGCCUUUAUGAUGCGAGCAAGAAAGCUCUGCUGGCGUACCCUGAGGAUGGAACGAAUCGCACACAGUGGCUCUUGGAGGGCGAGUACUCAGCACAGUCCAAGAUCUUGGUUGAUCAGCAGUUUUGGACUGCUGAGACUGAGAAGGCCUUGAACAAGAUCUCAGCCGGUGAUGCCAAUGGUAUGAAGGACAACAUUACCUUCCACAACGAGCAGCUCAAGAACAGUGUGAGCAUCGUUCGCAUGCAGCUUACCAAGAAUCAGCGAGUGUUGAUGGGUGCUUUGAUUGUCCUCGACGUGCAUGGUAUCACUGUGCUGGAGAACUUGCAUGAUGCAGGGACAAGCAGCCUUGAUGACUUUGACUGGAGCAAACAGCUCCGAUACUAUUGGGUCCCAGAGGGACAAGAGGUUGAGACCUCCUUGAUCAGCAUGGUUUCUGAUGAUUGCGUCUGUCGCCAGACGAUUGCAUGCUUCAAGUACUCCUAUGAGUAUCUGGGCAACACGCCACGUUUGGUUGUAACACCACUCACCGACAAGUGCUACAUGACGCUGACAGGAGCUAUGCAUCUCAACUACGGCGGUGCUCCCGCUGGACCAGCUGGCACAGGAAAGACAGAGACCACAAAGGACCUGGGCAAGGCACUUGCUGUCCCCGUGGUCGUCUUCAACUGCUCGGAUGGUCUUGACUACAAAAUUAUGGGCCGCUUCUUCUCUGGACUGGCACAAGCUGGAGCUUGGGCAUGCUUCGACGAGUUCAACCGCAUUCAGGUGGAGGUGCUGAGUGUCAUUGCCCAGCAAAUGCUCACAGUCACACAGGCCAUUCGGCAGCGCAAAGAGGUUUUCGAGUUUGUUGGCAAUGAAAUUCCAUUGAACCGCCGAUUUGGGGUCUACAUCACCAUGAACCCUGGCUAUGCUGGGCGCGCAGAGCUGCCAGACAACUUGAAAGCGCUCUUCCGGCCAGUGGCAAUGAUGGUGCCAGACUACGGCCUGAUUGCAGAGAUCAUUCUGUACUCAGAAGGUUUCAAUGCAGCCAAGAUGCUGGCCCGCAAGAUGGUGAACCUCUAUCGGCUGUCAUCCGAGCAGCUGUCAAAGCAAGAUCACUAUGACUUCGGAAUGCGAGCGGUGAAGUCUGUGCUGGUCAUGGCAGGCCACCUGAAGCGUCAAAAUCCGGAGUUGGAGGAGAACGUAACCCUCAUCAGAGCUUUGCGUGAUUCCAAUGCGCCCAAGUUUUUGUCCUUUGACCUGCCAUUGUUCAGCGGCAUCAUUUCGGAUUUGUAUCCUGAAGUGACCAUUCCUGAUGUCGACUAUGGCAAGCUGAAGACAGAGAUUGAAAACCAGCUGCGGUUGAUGAACCUGCAGGUCGUUCCAUCCUUCCUCACCAAAAUCACACAGCUGCUGGAAACGCAGCUUGUCAGGCACGGUGUCAUGCUGGUUGGGCUGACAAUGACGGGCAAGUCAACCAACUCCAACAUUCUGGCAAAGACACUGACACAGCUGAAGAAGGACGGAUCAACAGAUCCUGCGCAUCAGCUGACGAAGAUCUUCUUCCUGAAUCCAAAGAGUAUCACAAUCGAGGAACUCUACGGUUCCUUUAACGAGAACACGGGUGAGUGGAAGGACGGGCUGGUGGCCAUUCUGGUGCGAGAGGCCGUUAGCGACAGUUCAGACAACAAGAAGUGGGUGAAUUUCGAUGGACCAGUUGAUGCGAUUUGGAUUGAGAACAUGAACACCGUCUUGGAUGACAACAAGAUGUUGUGCCUCUCCAACGGAGAACGCAUCAAGCUGCCGCCUAGCAUGACUGUGAUGUUCGAGGUGAAUGAUUUGAUGGUAGCCUCCCCGGCCACCGUGAGCCGAUGCGGAAUGGUCUACUUGGAGCCGGUCCAUCUCGGCUGGAAACCAUUGAUUCAGACGUGGGUGGAGAAGUUCGAGGCAAAGUUCCCAGAGUUUGCCAAAGACAUUGGCAAGUGGGCAAUGUCUGUUUGCGAGGAGGCGAUUCCAUACAUCAGGGAGGAGUGCCAGGAGGCUCCAGGCAUUCCCAGCAUGGAUGCCAACUUGGUGCAGGCCUACUUGCGAAUGCUGACUGCAUUCAUUUCCGAGCCGCACCAGCUCAUGCCAGAAGGUGAGGGAAAGCCUUUGAAGCCAGAAGAGGAUGCCAAGAAGCUUGUGCGCAUCUACACAGCCAUGUGUGCAAUCUGGUCAUUGGGCGCCAAUUUGCACGAGAACUCGCGGAGCAAGUUUGUGUCACGCAUCCGUCCCCGCCUUCAGCUGUUCUGCCCAGAGAUUCCUGACGGUGGCGAUUUGUACAUGAUGGCAGUCAGCGACGAUGAUGCUAGGGUCCAUCCACUUGCAGAGAUAGUGCCACAGUUUCAGUUCCAUCCUGACGAGCCUUUCUUCAACAUUUUGGUCAACACAUCCGAAACAGUUGGUCAGCGGAUGAUGAUCGAAAAUAUGAUGAUGGCCAACUUCCACGUCCUCUUCAGUGGAGAGACAGGUGUGGGCAAGUCCGUUGUCAUCCAGCAGUACUUGAACACGGCCGGAGAGUUGUUCUCGACCGCCUCUGCAAACUUCAGUGCUCAGACCAGCACUUCCAAUGUUGUAGACCAGUUCGAGAACCGCUUGGAGCGCAAGCGCAAGACUCUUCUUGGGGCUCCUCCCGGAACGACUAUGAUUUUCUUUGUGGAUGAUGUGAACAUGCCGAUGCUGGAGCACUAUGGGGCACAGCCGCCCAUUGAGCUCUUGCGCCAGGUGAUUGACUAUGGCGGAUUCUAUGACAAGAAGAAGUUGUUUUGGAAGCAAGUUGCCGAUACCCAGUUCAUUUGUGCUUGCGGACCUCCCGGCGGAGGGCGUAUGCCUGUCACACCCAGGCUGUUCCGUCAUUUCAACAUGAUCUGGAUCCCAGCUCUGUCUCAGGAUGCCAUGCAUCGCAUCCUUUCCAGCAUUCUAGGCGGAUGGCUGGGCGUGAACAGAGCAGAUCUGCAGUCGCUUGCCGUGCCUGUCAUCAAUGCUACAGUAAAGAUGUUCUUCCAGAUCUCGCAGGAUUUGCUGCCAACCCCUGUGAAGUGUCAUUACACCUUCAAUCUUCGAGACCCGGCCAAGAUGAUUCAGGGCAUGCUGAUGGUGGAUGUAAAAAGCACCCUCAAGACUGACAAGGAUCUGAUUGAUCUCUUCCUGCACGAGAGUUGUCGCGUUUUCCGGGAUCGUUUGGUCGACGAUGUUGACCGAGAAUGGUUCAACACCAUGAUAGCAGAGAAGCUGAACGCCGAAAUACCCUCUUCAGCAGUCAUAGACAAAUUCAAAGACAUCGUCUUUGGCGACUUCUUGACACGUGGCGGGGACGUGAGCCUUUACCAGAGAGCUGAGAAUGAAGGCAAGUGUGUCGGCAUUUUCCAAGAGAUGCUGGAAGACUACAACAACGUGAUGCCUACAAAGAUGAACAUUGUCUUCUUCAGAGAUGCCUGCAUGCAUUUGGCCCGGGCUGCGAGAACAAUACGGCAGCCACGUGGAAAUUUGCUGAUGGUUGGAGUGAGCGGCGUCGGGCGCAAGUCGAUUGCGCGAAUUGCUGCUCAUAUGGCCGAAUACCAGUGCUUCUCAAUCGAGAUUACGCGCACAUACGGAUCUACAGAGUUCAAGGAGGACUUGAAGAACAUCAUGACUGGUGUUGCCAAAGCAGGAGGCAAGGGUGUCAUGUUCCUCUUUUCCGACACGCAGAUUGUAAAGGAGUCCUUCCUGGAAGACAUCAACAAUGUUCUCAACACUGGGGAGGUGCCAAACUUGUUUGCUCCCGACGAGCUGGAGGGGGUGAUGGGCCUCAUGCGGCCGCUGGCGAAGGCAGCUGGCAAGCCAGAGACCCGCGAUGCCAUUUGGCAGUACUUUGUUCAGUUGAUCAGGGAGAACAUGCACAUUGUGCUGGCAUUCUCACCCAUUGGUGAAGGCUUUCGAGCGAGAUGCCGACAGUUUCCGUCCAUCAUCAACUGUGCCACCAUUGACUGGUUCAGCCCUUGGCCUGCAGACGCUUUGUACUCGGUGGCUGAGAGGUACUACUCGCAGGCACCAAAAGAGCUUGGCCUUGACACGAUGGUGGAUCAGCUAUCCAAGAUCUCACAGUUCAUGCACAGCACAUCCAAAGAUGCGGCAGAUGACUUCUUUGAGAGCCUUCGGAGGAUAACAUACAUGACCCCGACAUCGUAUUUGGAGCUCAUUGGUUUGUUCACGGACUUGGUUGGCAAGAAGCGAGGGGAGCUGACUACCAAGCUGGAGCGCUACACGAUUGGAUCAAAAACACUGAACGAGACCAAAUCAGUGGUCGAUGAUCUGAAGGACUCCUUGGCUAAGAUGCAGCCAGUGAUUGAACAGGCCAAGAAAGACACUGCUGAGCUCAUGGUGAAGGUGCAAGCCGACCAAGAAGUUGCAAGAGAGAAGAGCGAGGCUUGCGCAGUGGAUGAGAAAGUUGCCUCAGAGGCGGCCGCAGAGGCGACUGCCAUCAAGACAGACUGCCAGAAGGACUUGGAUGAGGCACUGCCGGAAUACUAUGCUGCGAUCAAGUCGCUUGACGCUCUCGACAAGAAGGACAUCCAGGAAGUCAAAUCAUUCGCCAAGCCUCCACCGCUCGUGGAGGUUGUGCUGAGCGCAGUUUGCCUCCUCCUUGGCGUAAAAGAGAGCUGGGAUGAUGCCAAGAAGCUCAUGAAUGAUACAAAGUUUCUGGACAACCUGAAGUCCUACGACAAGGACGCUCUCGCAAUGAAUCAAAAACUCACCCAGAAGCUGCAGAAGUACAUCAAAAGGGACGACUUUGUUGUUGAGAAGGUGAAAAGUGUUUCCGCAGCUGCAACUUCGCUGUGCAUGUGGGUGCGUGCCAUGGAUAUUUAUGGCCGAGUGUCUCGCGAGAUCGAGCCCAAGAAGGCCAAGCUGAAGGUUGCCGAGGAUUCUCUAGCCUCUGCAGAGGAGAAGUUGGCGAUCAAGAAGGCUGAGCUGAAGAUGGUGAUGGACAACGUCGCCUCACUUGAGGCUCAACUGGCUGCAGCCCAAAAGAAGGCCGCACAGCUAGAGGCAGACGCAGAGGACUGCGUUGUGAAGCUGGACCGUGCAGAGAAGCUGCUGGCCGGCCUUGGCAGCGAGAGUGUUCGGUGGAAUGCCGCCAGUGAGGUUUUGGAGAAGAACCUCAAGUUUGUCAUUGGGAACAUUGUGUUGGCAGGUGGCUUCAUCGCAUAUACUGGACCAUUCACAGCAGAGUUUCGGCGCAGCUUGGUUUCAAAAUGGAAGACGGAGGCGGACAGCGUCGGGCUGAUCUGCGAUCCGCACUGGAAGGCAGCAGACGUCCUUGUGGAUCCGGCCGAGGUGCGCACGUGGAACAUCCAGAGCCUCCCGUCUGACGACUUGUCCAUUGAGAAUGCUCUUAUGGUGACGCGCGGAAGGCGCUGGCCCUUGAUGAUUGAUCCUCAAGGGCAGGCAAACCGCUGGGUCCGAAACUUGGGCAAGGAGCGCAAUAUAGUGAUCACGAAAUUAUCCGACGGUACGUACUUGCGGAAGCUCGAAUCAUGCAUUCGCAACGGCAACGCAAUUCUGAUCGAGAAUGUUGAGGAGGUUCUUGAUCCAGCUCUUGAGCCUGUGCUCACCAAAGCACUGUUCAAGCGAGGAGGGCAGCUUUUGUUGCGCUUGGGAACCGAAGACGUUCCAUACGACGAGAACUUUGGCUUCUACGUGACGACAAAGAUGGCAAAUCCUCACUACUUGCCAGAGGUGUGCAUCAAGGUCACCGUGAUCAACUUCACUGUCACUUUGCUUGGCUUGGAGGAACAACUGGUUGCUGAAGUGGUGGGAAACGAGCGACCUGACUUGGCUCAGCAGCGCCAAGAGUUGGUGGUCCAGAUCGCAGCUGACAAGAAGACACAGGAUGACUUGGAGCAACUCAUUCUGAAGCUUCUGGCCGAGGCAGGUGGUGACGUCCUCAAGGACGACACGCUGAUUGUCACGCUGGACCAGUCAAAAAAGACUGGCACAGAAUGCCAAGAGCGAAUGCAAGUAGCUGACAAGGCCAUGGCGGAAAUCGAUGCUGUCCGAGAGAAGCUGAGGCCUGUAGCAACGAGGGCAUCAAUCCUGUACUUCGUGAUCGCAGACUUGGCCAACAUUGACCCGAUGUACCAGUACAGCCUGGAAUUCUUUGUCCUCCUUUUCCAGGGCCGCUUGAGGGAUUCAGAGAAGAACGAGGACAUUGACCAGCGCAUUGACAUCCUCAUUGAUGACUUCACCAGGUUCAUCUUUCUGAACAUUUGCCGUGGCUUGUUUGAGGACCACAAGCUGAUGUUCUCCUUCUUGAUCACAGCACAAAUUCUGAGGAAUGAGGUCCAUUCAAAGUUCCUGAAGAAGUCUCCGGUCUCGCUCACCGAAUGGCUGUUCUUCCUGCGUGGUGCAGAAGCGGGCAAAGGUGUGUUGACAGAGGAGUCUGACAGCGGCACGGCCUGCCCUGCCUGGGUUGAGAAAGCAGCCUGGAAUAAGCUGGAUGUUUUGGAAAGGCUGACGGCGCACAAUGGUCAGAACGAAUUUGUUGGCCUGAAGGAGGCAAUCAUUCAAGGAGGCGAAUGGGAAACACUCUGUCGAAGUGAUGACACGUAUCAACGUCCUUUGCCACAGCCCUGGGAGUCCAAGUUGACUGCGUUCCAGAAAGCCUUGAUCAUCAAAAGCUUGCGCGAGAACUUCUUGAACUUCGUUGCAAGGAAUGUGGUCUUCCAUGAGCUUGGGCAACUUUUCAUUGAGUCACCUCCGUUUAACCUGGCCAGCUGCUAUGCCGACUCCGUCGCCACCAUGCCGCUGAUAUUUGUUCUUUCAGCCGGCGCUGAUCCGACUGAGUACCUGCUGACAUUAGCUGCAGAGAAGGGCUACACAGAGAAGCUGCACUUCAUAUCGUUGGGUCAGGGUCAGGGCCCCAAAGCUGAAGCUCUCAUCAAACUCGGAUGGGACACUGGCGACUGGGUGUGCUUGCAGAAUUGCCACCUUGCAGACAGCUGGAUGCCAAGGCUUGAGGCAAUUCAAGAGUCCCAAGACGCGGACAAAAUCAACCCAGACUACAGGCUUUGGCUGACCAGCAUGCCAUCUCCCAAGUUUCCGGUACCGGUCCUUCAGUCUGGCAUCAAGAUCACCAAUGAGCCUCCGAAAGGACUCAGGGCAAAUCUGGGCCGGACCUACCAAGAUAUAGUGGAGGAUGUCUUUGAAGGAUGCCCAUCCAAGCCAUUUGAGUUCAAGAAGCUGCUGUUUGGUCUGGCAUUUUUUCAUGCCGUUAUCCUGGAGCGGCGCAAGUUCGGACCCAUUGGCUGGAACAUCCCAUACGAGUGGAUGGAUUCGGACUUCCAGGUAUCCAGAGAACAGGUGCGCAUGUAUUUGGUGUCCCAGCCAGAUGUUCCGUGGAUUACACUCCGGUAUAUCAUCGCUGAAGUAAACUAUGGCGGCCGAGUCACAGAUGACAAAGAUGUCAGAUUGAUUUCAGCAGUUCUGAAGGGCUACUUCAGCGAAGCAAUCCUGGAGAAGGGCUUCGCAUUUGCAGGUUUGAAAGCGUACUGGAUUCCAGAUGGCGGCAGCCUUCAAGAUACCCGGGACUAUUUGAAGCAACUGCCCAUGGAUGAGGAUCCACGCAUUUUUGGGCUGCAUCCCAAUGCGCUCAUCACUGCACAGUUCAAUCAAGCCAAGAAAUUCUUGGACACAGUGGUCAGUGUCCAGCCUCGAAUUUCCUCUGGCGGGACCGGGAAAAGACCAGAGGAGAUCGUGGCUGAAAUGGCCCAGGAAUUCUUGAAGCAAAUCCCUGAUGCAGCGAAGAGCAAAUUGGCUCAUGCCGAGACCUACAAAAAGACUGCACAAGGUGGAAUCGUCUCGGUUGGCGUGUUCCACAGUCAGGAGUAUGCACGCAUUGAGACGCUCAUCAAGGUGGUCAAAGCCAGCCUCGUGAUGCUUGGCAAGGCAAUCAAGGGCACCGUCCUCAUGUCUGCUGAGCUGGAAGGAAUGUUCAACGCCUUUCAGGAGCAGAAGGUUCCAGGGAACUGGGGCAAGGUUGCCUAUCCAUGCCUGAAGCCAUUGAAUGCCUGGGUUGCGGACUUCAUCGCACGCAUCAACUUUCUGGUUAAAUGGCUAUUGGAGGGGCCACCCUUGAGCUACUGGAUCUCGUGCUUCUUCUUCCCGCAGGGCUUCAUGACGGCGGCCCUGCAGUUGCACGCAAGGAAGACCAAAAUCCCUAUUGAUACCUUGGAGUUCUUUUCCCAUGUGACUGAAGUGCAAGAUAGCCGCACAUUGACCAAGCCGCCUGAGAACGGUGUGAACAUUCACGGGCUUUUCUUACAAGGCUGUGGCUGGGACAUGGACAAGGGCUUGCUGAAAGAGUCGGACAAGGACGUCGUCUUCCUUGAAAUGCCGGUUGUUCACUUGGAGCCUCUAGCCACAACGGACAGUGCCAAGCGAAUAAUUGAUGGCAAUCUGUACAUGUGCCCGAUCUACAAAACCUCCGAGCGCAAGGGAACGCUCUCCACGACCGGGCACUCUACCAACUUUGUGAAGUUCUUUUCUCUUCGACAGGAUCAGGCUGACACCGCUCACUGGGUUGCCCGUGGGGUAGCUAUGCUUUGCAUGCUUGACGACUGAUGAGCUUAGCGGUUUCACCCGCACAUGUACCAUUUGGGCUGUGCUCAGA